GCGGGCAUUAUCCCGAGCGAGAGUGCAGGGAGCGAGAGAGCCGGUACAGGGGCAAGAAGAAAUACAAGGCACCGGCGCCGCCGUCGAACGGCGUCGUUGACGGAUCGUCCCCGGACUCUUACAGGAAUUUUAUCCCUAGGUACAACGAAUCCGGCCAGAAUCGACCGGGUGGUUGCCGCGGGGAGGAAGAGGUCCAACCGCCGCCGAGGCGGUCGCGCCUCUUCAAGACGCGAGCGGAGACGAAGAGAGCGCAGGUCAAUUGGCUCUCUUCCUCGUCGUCGUCGCAGACGCAUGCUGCCGCGGAACGCUGCGAGAACGGCGGCAGCGAGCUGGAGAACGAGCGACGGGAACGAUGGCGAGGCGAGGACAGUCGCGCCGCCAAUAAGGAGAACAGGCUCGUCUGGCGCGAUCAGAGCAACCAUGUCCAUCAGGAUCGCUGGUGCCGGGACGAACACAGGCGUUCGCGGAUCUUCGACGGCAAGAACACGUUGCAGAGGAGCAUGAGCAGCCCGGAGUUCCAGGCGGAGCUGAUGCAGGUCGCCAGGAAGGUGCGCAACAAGCUCAACUGCGGCGGCAGAUCUUCCGUGGAGUCGGCGAACCUGGAGUGUCGUAGCAGCAACGCCGAUCGAUGCGCGAAAGAGUCCAAGAUCGAGGAGGCGAAGAGGCCGGAGAAACGAUCAGCGAGGAACGAGGAGAGUUGCCCUGAGGAACGCGCGAUCGCGGACAGGAUCGUCGAGGAGAGGCGACUGACCGAUCGUUGCAAUCGAUCCGAAAAUAAGCAUAACUCGUAUGACGAGCGCAAGGGAAAUGCUCGCGAUGCCGGAAGGAACAAGGACUACUUGGAUGAGAGGCAAGCGGAGGCUGCAUCGGGCGGGAAGAGAAGACUCGUGGAAAAAUCGAUGUUCGACGAACCCACGGCGAUGCACCUCGCGAAGGAACCUCUUCGGAAGAGUACGAAAGAUCGCCUGGACGCCGUGGGGCAUCCCUCGGAAGAGAGGUACUCGGAGAAGCACCGAAGGGAGCUUCUCGAGGACUAUCAGCGAGCGAAGAGCGUCGCCAAGAGCCGGAAGUACGAAAACCCAGCGGAGAACCCGGGGAGAACCAGAUCGGAGAGCCCGGUGAGGCCUUACAUCAGGGUCACAGAUCCUCGCGGGCAGGGCUCCGGGAGGGAGAGCACGCCCGAGCGGACGAGCGAGGCCAAAGAGAGGGAGAAGGAGAGAGAUCCCGAUCGUAGAUGGCGGAAGAGCGACGUUAGGAAUACUGAUGGCGCGCCGGACGAGAAGAGAUGGUCCUGCGAACCUGUUCCCGCGACGGCGGAGAAGAAGGACGCGAAAUCCAAAGAGAAGCUUGCGAGGAAACCAGAAGCCAAGGAAGUCGCCCGCGAGAAAAAUUGGCACGUAUUGCCGCUGCCGGAGAAAUCCGCACCGAAGACCUUCUACUUCGGCAUGGACGAAGCGUUAUCGAAUGAGUCGCGGAAUUGCGUGGACCAGCACAUGGAGCAAAUCCAGUCCAGGUUGCAGGCCAGAGAGAUCAAUGGAUCGAUCGAAUGCCAUGACUACACGGAUGACGGGAAAAGCGGAACCGAGGACAUCUCAUUAAAAUUGCGACCCACGUUACCCAAGAAACAGCUGGAGAUUCCGCGAUUUUCACCAUCGGCAGCGUGGAGAUUACUGUCAGCGUUGGAAGCACCUGGACCAACCAUGAGCACGGCGAGCGAGGAAGUUCCGGUGAUGUUCGAGGAGCGUAUCGAACGUCUGUCGAGGCCGCCUCCGCCGCUGAUCGCGCUUGGUCCGCGAAGCUCGCACGACAAGUCGGGUGAUUCCGGCAUAUCCGGGGACGCCGGCGCGGCCAACGACGAUUCGUUGGACGUCAGCACCAAUACCAACAACAACCGGUUGAAGACGCCGGCGACGAGGCCGACGUGGACGCCGCAGCAGGACUUGGGCGAGGAGUCCAGCAGCGACGCUGGAGUAGAUUCGCCGCCGCCGAUGCCGACCCCGGUGAAAUUCCCGCCCAGGGCGCACGUGUUCUCGCUGUCGUUGCCGCGCGACGACAAUCGCAUGUACUUGUACAACCCGGAUUUGAAGAAUAAGGAGGGCUCGACCUUCAACUCGCUGCAGAAGCUGAAGAGAUCGGUGUCGGGCGCUCUCGGACUCGGGCCGCUAGAUUUAGAGAGGAAACGUACUCGCGACGUUCUCGACGACAACUGGCUGCUGUCGACGAGCGCUCCGACGUCGCUGCAGCACACCCAGAUCACGGACGCGACGCGAUCCUCGCCGCCCGGCUGGAAGCCCGGCUUCGACGACGAGGACGACGACGACGAAGUCCUGGUGGAGGACCUGGAGGAUCGCGGCGAUUUUCCCGUGAUCAUGAAGCCACCCUCGUUCUCGUACUUGGCUUCCGGCGGUCACGUAAUGUACCUGCCCGAGUCCAAUGACUCUCAGUAUCAGCCGCAGAGUUUGAGCUACAGGAGCAACAUGGCGGCGGAAAGCGAGAAGAAUUCUGGUAACAGCUCCGGGCCGAAGUACCGCAAGAACGGUGUGGACGAACUCAGGAAACCGAGCAAGGAUGUAGAGAAGACGAACAAGCAUCCCAAAGAGUCAGAGAGAGUCGUUCUGAAAGAGAAGUCUUUCGCGAGCGACGGGAAAGUGAAUAAUAGAUUUUCCAAAUCGUGCGAGAACAUUUCCGAGAUGAAGCAACGAAGUACUUCGCCCAUCGGUGGCCAGCAGAAUUUGCAGGACGAUAAGGAGAUUGCGCCGGAAGUCAAGGCACCGUUGAAGAGCAACUCGAAAAGCCGUAGAUUCACAUUCCAGAGUACCGUGCGGCAGAUCGAGAGGCGCAGAUUGGCGGAAAAACUGUCGCGGGAGGCGGAAGCCAAGGAAAGACAGAGAAAGGGCGAGUUGGAGGCGAUGCGUAAGGUGGAGGAGGAGUUCCAACGAAAACGAGCGCGAGAAAAGGCAAAUAUUAGACAGCAGCUUCGCUUGUACAGUAUGGAUGAAAACUUGAGUAGCUUACCCACCGUGUGGGACAGCUCGCAGUUAUCUCGUGCGGACCCGGACGGCGCGCCAUCGUCAUCCGCGUCGUCACCCACGUCAGUCCCGCCGGCGAAACUGACGACUAUACGAAAGAGCAGCGUCAGCAGCGAUGAGUAUUUGCGUAAGAGAGCGUCCAGCGUGGAUUCCAGGCAGCAGCAACAGCAGCAGCAGCAUCAACAGCAACCAAGGGAGUACAAAGAUUACCGGCCAAAGUAUUACGACUGGGCGCCCACCGACUCGUCGUCGCAUCUGGAGUACAAGCAGACCACGGUGCACCCUAAAGUGGUAUGCGACAUUCCCAAGAGCUCGCCCGUCUUUGUAGAUGCGCACGCGAAAACGGCGAAUCUCAGCUCCACGCCCAGAUCCGACAAUUACAGGAAAGAUUUUGCCCAUGGGGCCGUGGCGGCGAGAUCCUCCUUAGCGAGCAGCGACAGUGAGCUAUCGCAACCGAAUACGAGACCGCAUUCCAGGCAAGCCGUCGGCAAGAGCAAACCCAUACGGUCUAGGUCGGCUAGUCCAACGCGCAGCGAGGAAGCCGUCAGCACGGAGGACGAGAGCCCGGUGGAGCCGAUCAAGCAGGAGCGAAACCCCAUAACCGGCUUCGUAUUGAACGGAGUGCAGCCCUUCGUGAAGGAGAAGAGCUAUCGACCCAUUUCUUUCAAUCCCCAACCGCCCCCGCCGAUUCCGAGUUAGAAGCCGUACUGCGGAUCUUAAAAGAGUACUGUGUAGAUUCUUAACAAAAUUGUGCAAAGAGAAUCCGAUGUAUGUUACUCAUAUAUUUUCUCUGGUGUACGCGAAAUAUCGAAUCUCUGGAAAGUUUCGUUUUUGCAGACUCUUUUCCUCGAUCUACAUGUCUGAAACCAAAAAAACGAAGAUCGCGAUAAUUUCGCGUACGCCAGCCCGCUAAAUAUUAAGCCAACGGUUUUUUACGAAACUUUAUAAAACGGAGAUUUUAUACCGGUUUACAAAGAGACGUGUAGUUUUUUUUUUUUUAUAUACGAUUUAGAGAGAAUAUUCUCCGAGAGUCUCUGAGUACUCUCUGCGAGCGUACGUAAUCGCGAUCGCGCUGUUAACAGCGCAACGCGCGGCGAUCAAUUCUUCGCGCAGCAGUUUUACAUACGCGAAACUAAUGUCAAGUAAUACCUUUUAUAUGAUGUGUAACAAGUAACACAGAUCUAACUCCUAACCAAAUGUGUUCCGUACGACUCUCGGUACGUCCAUCUACUAUUUAUGUUUGUCGUAAGUACAUUAACAGAAGCGGAAUCAAAGACCAUUAAGCUUAUCGCGUUAGCGCGCGCGCGCGCGCGCGGCGCGACGUUUUUAUAGCCCGUAGUUAUAAAAAGCGCGUCGCGCGGGGGAAGAGUACCAAUAAUACCGGGUGUAUGCAUUUACUCAAAACAGGUUUAGGGCAGUAUCUUGUAAUUAUGUACAGGUAACACAACCGCAGGCAACCGACUGCAAAUAUUUGCUCAUGUAAUGUAAUCAAACAAAAGAUAAUGUUGUUAUUGA